AUGGCUGAGACUCUCCUUAGUGUUGUUGCUGAGGAAAUACUAGGCAAGCUGAUUUCACUUGCUACUGAACAGAUCGGCGUUGCUUGGGGUUUCAAAGAUGAGCUGACACGGCUUCGUGACUCAUUAACCAUGAUUCAAGCUGUGUUGGCUGAUGCAGAGAGAAGGCUAGUGAGAGAAGAGUUUGUGAGGCUUUGGUUGCAGAGGCUUAAAGAUGUUGCUUAUGAUGCUGAUGAUGUGCUGGACGAGCUUGCUUAUGAGAUUCUCAAGCGAAAGGUGGAGAUCCGAAAUCAAAUGAAGAGAAAGGUAUGCUUCUUCUUUUCAUUUUCAAAUCCCAUUGCAUUUCGUUGCAAGAUGGCCAACAAAGUUAAGGCUAUUGCUGAAUCGCUAAAGAGAAUUAAUGAUGAAGCAAAUCAAUAUGGACUUACUAGAGUCGAAUUAGUAAAUGCGAAUCCUAAGAUUAUCCCAAGCCACCGAGAGACAGACUCCUCUCUUGAUCAUUCUGAAGUUGUAGGAAGGAAAGAUCUUGUCUCAGAAAUUGUAGAGUUGUUGCUUAAUGCAGCCAAAGAACGACUUUCGGUCAUUCCUAUAGUAGGAAUGGCAGGUUUGGGAAAAACAACUCUAGCAAAAUUAGUGUACAGUCAUGAGUUAGUAAAAGAACAUUUUGAUAAGACAAUAUGGGUAUGUGUCUCCACUGAGUUUGAAGAUAAAAAGAUUUUAGAAGAGAUUCUUGAAUCCCUUACUUCUAAGUCAAGUCCAUUAAAAAAUAAGAAUACAAUACUUGAAUGCCUUCAAAAAGAGUUACAAGGUCAAAAAUAUAUUCUCGUACUUGAUGACGUAUGGAAUGAAGAUCUUGUGAAAUGGGAGACUUUAAGGAGUUCUCUGAUAGGAAUGAACUUGAAUGUGGGAAAUAGUAUUAUUGUAACAACUCGUAGUGACAAGGUGGCUGAAAUUAUGGGGACAUUUCCUCGACGUCACUUGGAAAAACUAUCAGAAGAUGAUUGUUGGUCCAUAAUUAAGAAAAAAGUAUCUCUUAAUGAAAAAAUUCCACUAACUCCAAAUUUGGAGGCUAUUGGAAAGGAGAUUGCAAAAAAAUGUGGUGGGGUUCCAUUACUUGCAAGAGUUUUAGGAGGGAUGAUGUAUUGUAAAAAGGAGGAAAGUGAAUGGUUGGCAAUUCAAAAUAGUAGUGUUUGGAAUUCCCUAAUUGAUAGCAAUGGAGUCUUAUCCAUACUAAAAUUAAGCUUUGAUCAUCUUUAUUCACCAUCUCUAAAAAGGUGUUUCACAUAUUGUGCAAUUUUUCCUAAAGAUUAUGAAAUGGGAAAGGAAGAACUAGUUCAACAUUGGAUGGCUGAAGGGUUCCUCCAACCAACUCAAGAACGUUUUUCGCCGGAGGAUAAUGGUUUCAAGUAUUUUGAUAUUUUAUUGGCAAAUUCCUUAUUCCAAGAUAUAAAAAGGGAUAAUUAUGGUGAUAUUGUAAGCUGCAAGAUGCAUGAUCUUGUACAUGAUCUUGCCCUCUCAAUUUCAAAAGGGGAAACCUUGCAUUUAGAUGACACAGUGGGAAAUGACACUGAGUUGUCUCAUAUCCGACGUUUAUCUAUUAUAUGCAAUGACCAAAGAACACCAACAAUCCUACAAUCUAGAGAUGUCAUGGGUAGAUUGCGCACAAUUUAUUCUAUAGGUGCUAAUCUUGGCGACAAGUUAUUGGAAUUAAAAUGUGUACGUAGUCUAUCUUUAUCCGGGAAACAUGUAAACGAGUUGCCCAGGUCAAUUGGUGAGUUCAGACAUUUGAGGCUUCUUCGCAUCGAUCAUACUGACAUCAAAGUAUUACCCAAUUCUGUUACUAAGCUCUAUAACUUACAAACUCUAAUAAUCAAGUCUUGUUAUCUUCUUAAAGAGCUUCCAAAUGAUCUACAAAAUUUGACUAACUUGAGACAUAUUGAUAUUGAUCAUCGGUAUAUAAAACAAUUGCCAAUAAAUAUGGGGCAGUUGACUUGCCUUCAAACGUUGCCUUUCAUUGUCAUCGGUCAAGAUGCUGGUCAUCGAAUUGAAGAAGUGGGAUGCUUAAGCCAACUCAGAGGAAAAUUAAGUAUUUACAAUCUAGAGCAUGUGAGAGAUAAAGAAGAAGCCAAAACUGCAAAUUUAGUGGGAAAGGCAGGAGUGCAGAAGUUGGGAUUCUAUUGGAAUAGAGAAAGGGAUGGAAACAAUAAUGAUGAGGAUGUACUGGAAGGCCUUCAACCUCACCCAAGUUUGAAAAGCUUAGAGAUUGAAAAUUUCAAGGGUGAGAAGUUCCCUUCAUGGAUAUUGGCACGUGAUAACAGUAGUGGUGGUUUGUUUGUUUUGGACCAUCUGUUUGAAAUUCGUUUAGAAAACUGUAACAAGUGCAACAAGCUUCCUACACUUGGGCAUUUACCCCGACUCAAGGUUCUUCAAAUAGUGGAAAUGGAUAACGUGACAUCUAUAGGAACAGAAUUUUUCAUUAAUUAUGGUGGUGAGAGAUCAAGUAAUAGUGGAGGUGGUAGUGGCAGAAAUGUUGUGUUCCCAGCUUUGAAAACACUUGUUUUGCGGAAGUUGCCCAAUCUAGUGGAAUGGAAGGACGCGAUGGAGUUGACAACAAUAGAAACGGUGUUUCCUUGCCUUGAGGAGUUGACCAUUUCAUCAUGUGGCCAAUUGACAAGUGCUCCAUAUCAUUUUCCGUCUCUUAAGAAGUUAAAUAUUUAUAUAAUCAAAAGCACGGCAUUCGAAAGGAUUAUCAGCAAGCUUACCACACUCACCUCCCUCCAAAUUUGGCUUAUUUCAGAACUUGUUUGUUUGCCAGAGCAGUUAUUGCAGAAUAAUAGGAGUCUCAUGUCUAUAGACAUAUAUGAUUGUACUGAUUUGGUUUCCAUCUCGCUGCAUCAAGAUGCAACCUCUCUCCAAUCAUUCAGAAUAAGAGGAUGUAAGAAAUUGAGUGAAUUGUCGAACGCACCGCUCACCCUCCCUUCUCUUGAGACGUUUGAAGUAAGUGGUUGUCCUAAUUUGAGAUCCUUUCCAAGUCUACAAGGUGCGGGGUCCCUUCUCCGAAGUCUGGCAAUAUCGUGUGGUGACGAAGUUCUACCGACUGCGUUACAAUCCUGCACGUCGCUUUCAAGUUUGAGUAUAAAAGAGUGUCCAAAUCUUAUAUUAAUUCCAGAGCUACGAAAAUUGCAUUCUCUUACGGUUUUAAAAAUUUGCGAUUGUCCUAAUCUGAAAUCAAUUCCAGAUCUAGGAGAAUUGCAUUCUCUUACCCGUCUAUUCAUUUUCGGUUGCCAAACGUUAAAGUUAACGUGUUUGCCAAAGGGGUUAGAGUGCGUCACCCGCUUAAAGUAUUUGGCGAUCAGUGGGUUUUGUGAAGAGUUGGAUGCGUUCCCCAGUCUCAGUUCCAUCCAACACUUGCACACGUCCCUUGAAUCACUAUCAUUGUGUGGGUGGGCUAAACUCAACUCUCUCCCGGAUGAAAUACAACACUUCACUUCACUUGAAUAUCUGUUCAUACACAACUUUGAUGGACUGGAAGCUUUGCCUGAGUGGUUGUGCGACUUAUCUUCUCUUCACACACUGUAUCUUUGGGACUGCAAGAACCUGAUGUAUCUGCCCACAUCGCAAGCCAUGCAACGCCUCACUAAAUUACGAACAUUGGAGAUUUUUGAUUGUCCCAAAUUAAAGGAAAGAUGUGCAAGAGGUAGCGGGGCAGAGUGGUCCAAAAUCGCCCAUAUUCCAUAUGUCGAAGUCUUUUGA